AUGGCUACCCUCAGAUUCGUGCGUUCAGUCUGGGAGUCCUUCCGAGCUAACUCGGGUUUGGAACCUCGGCUCUUGAACAAUCUCCGCGUUACCGCCGCCAGGCCCGGUGUGGUCAACUUUGAGCUUGAUAUUGAGAAACAGCAUACAAACCGCCUGAGCAUUCUUCACGGAGGCACCAUUGCCAGCAUGGUGGAUCUCGGCGGCUCAUUGGCAGUAGCAUCCCGCGGCUUGUUCUCGACUGGUGUGUCAACAGACUUGAACGUGACAUACCUGAACUCAGGUGGUAGAGUUGGUGAUCGAAUUCUAGCUGAAGUAACCUGUGACAAGUUCGGCAAGACCCUUGCCUUUACCAAUAUCAAGUUCACGAAUCCCAACGGACACGUCGUUGCUCGUGGUAGUCACACAAAAUAUGUGACUCUGGCUUGGAAAGAUCCUAACAAUAUCGUCGAGGAGAUGAACAAGCUUAAGGAUCUCAAGGAGGAUACUCGCGUAGUUUGA